AAAAAAACAACCUCUAAAAGUUCUCUAAAUCUACCUCUUGUGCAAGGUGGACGUGUGAUCACAGGUACCAAGGAGGCAGAUUUCCGCUCCGCGCUGGAGGGUUCCAAGGCAUUCCAGAGAUGAUGGCUACAGGAGAUGGCAGGAAUGUGAACAACCUCAAGGAAGUGUGGAGCAAAGAAGAGAACGCCUUGUGUGCAGAUUGUGGGGAACCUGACCCUGACUGGGCCUCCUAUACUUUGGGCGUCUUCCUCUGCUUAAACUGCUCAGGGAUUCAUCGCAACAUCUCUGACAUCAGCAAAGUCAAGUCACUAAGGAUGGACCACUGGGAUGAAGGUCAGGUGCAGUUUUUGAUGCAGCAUGGGAAUGCAGUGGCCAAGGCAACGUAUGAGGCCCAUGUUCCUAUGUACUAUUACCGCCCAGUCCACACUGAUUGCCAAGUCCUGAGAGAGCAGUGGGUACGAGCCAAAUACGAACGGAAAGAAUUCACGGAGCCAGGAAAACAUCCGCCUUAUUCCAAUGGAUUGAAGGAAGGGAUUCUGUGGAAGCGAGGCAGAGACAACGGGCAGUAUCUUCCGCGCAGGUUUCUGCUGUCCGAGAGAGAGGGCUGUCUCAAGUAUUUUGUCAAACAGGAUGCCAAAGAACCAAAAGUAGUUGUUAAGAUUGACACUGUCAAUGCCACGUUCCAGCCAGAGAAGACAGGGAACCCAAAUGGCCUGCAGAUCACCUACCUUAAAGAGAACAAGACUCGCAACAUCUUCCUUUAUCAUGAGGAUGGGAAGGAAAUUGUGGACUGGUUCAAUGCGAUCCGCGCAGUACAAUUCCACUAUUUGAAGGUGGCCUUUCCUGUUGCCAGUGAUCACGAGCUCAAAAGCCGACUGACUCGGAAUUUCCUGAAAGAAGGCUACAUGGAGAAGACUGGGCCCAGGCAAAAGGAGUCUUUCAAGAAGCGCUGGUUCACUCUGGACCACCGAAGGCUGAUGUACUUCAAGGAUCCUAUGGAUGCUUUUGCGAAAGGUGAAGUGUUCAUAGGUAGUGAUGGGCAUGGAUAUGGUGUCCGGCAAGGGCUGCCAACCGGCACGCAGGGCACCUUCACCUGGCCGUAUGGCAUCACCAUUAUCACACCUGACCGGGAAUACCUCUUCACCUGUGAGACUGAAAGGGAGCAGCAAGAGUGGAUUGCAGCCUUCAGGCAUGUUAUAGAGCAGCCCAUGACACCCCAGGAAUAUGCAAUUGAAGCUUAUUUCAAGCUGAAGCCCUAACAUCUUUGAAGGAGAGAGACUUGCUGCUUUUCUACUUGUUGGUCUGCCCACUUGGGAAACACAGAGUUAAAGAGGGCAUCCUUUCUCAAAGAAGCUGCUAUGCUGUAUUCCCGUGCCUCGUGGUCGGGAUCCAUUUGGACAGCAGAGCUUUCUGCCAUUUUGUUCAGCAACGGAUCAAGAUGGAAAGCGCAGGGGCUGAUCAUUAUUUGUCCUGUCCCACCAUAGGCCUGGCAGGCUUGCUUUCUAUUGGUCACACUAUAUGCAGGGGCCCUCCUCCGUGGCUUACUACUGCUUGCUGCUGAUUGGCUGCUGUCUUUUCAAGGCUUCAACAGGAAGAUAGAAAAAAACCCACUCAUCAAAACAGCUGUGUGUACCAAACUGAUGAGUAUUUUAUUUUGCUCCUGAUUCUGCUCCUGCCCCACAUCUCUCACUCUCUGAUUAUUCUGAUGUCCUAGCUGCCAGGUUUCCCCACUUUGCUAUCUAUUCAAAGCCACGAUAAACCCACCAUCUUUCUCUUGACUUCAAGUUCCCGGCAGCCUGCAGCAGUGCUUGUCUUUUGAGUUCAUAUUGUUGCCUGAGGACUGUCAUGAGUGCAGAGACUGUUCUGGGUGGUCCAGUCAUGCAUGCCUCCCUCUCAAAACAGGCCAAGAAAACACACACACACAC